AUGGCUUCCAAGUGCCUCAAGGCCAGCUUCUCCUCGGGGUCGCUCAAGGGCCCAGGGGGGCCCACUCGCAUGGCCACCAUGUACUCCAGCAGCUCUUGCAAGCUCCCGAGUCUCGCCCGCGCAGCCGGGAGCUUCUCUGCAUGCUCUGCCCGGGUGGGCAGAAGCAGCUGCAGGGCCGCGAGCUGCCUCCCUGCGCUCUGCCUCCCCUCCGGAGGCUUUGUGACCAGCUACAGCUUGGGAGGGGGCUGGUUCGGGGAGGGCAUCCUCGCCAGCAGCGAGAAGGAGACCAUGCAGUCCCUGAACGACCGUCUGGCCAGCUACCUGGAGAAGGUGCACCAGCUGGAGCAGGAGAACGCCAGCCUGGAGGGCCGCAUCCGGGAGUGGUGUGAGCAGCAGGUGCCUUACCUGUGCCCCGACUACCAGUCCUACUUCCGCACCAUCGAGGAGCUCCAGAAGAAGACCCUGUGCACCAAGUCCGAGAACGCCAGGCUGGUGGUGCAGAUCGAUAACGCCAAGCUGGCCGCGGACGACUUCAGGACCAAGUACGAGAUGGAGCUGUCCAUGCGCCAGCUGGUGGAGUCGGACAUGAAUGGCCUGCGCAGGAUCCUGGACGAUCUGACCCUGUGCAAGGCUGACCUGGAGGCCCAGGUGGAGUCCCUGAAGGAGGAGCUGCUGUGUCUCAAGAAGAACCACGAGGAGGAAGUGAACUCACUGCGCUGCCAGCUUGGUGACCGGCUCAAUGUCGAGGUGGAUGCUGCCCCACCUGUUGACCUGAACCGUGUUCUGGAUGAGAUGAGGUGCCAGUAUGAAACCCUGGUGGAGAACAACCGCCGGGAUGCUGAAGACUGGUUCAACACCCAGACUGAGGAGCUGAACCAGCAGGUGGUGUCGAGCUCUGAGCAGCUGCAGACGUGCCAGGCAGAGAUCAUCGAGCUGAGACGCACGGUCAACGCCCUGGAGAUCGAGCUGCAGGCCCAGCAGAGCAUGAGAGAUGCCUUGGAGUCCACCCUGGCAGACACGGAGGCCCGCUACAGCUCCCAGCUGGCCCAGGUGCAGUGCAUGAUCACCAGCGUGGAGUCCCAGCUGGCCGAGAUCCGGAGUGACCUGGAGCGGCAGAACCAGGAGUACCAGGUGCUGCUGGACGUGCGGGCCCGGCUGGAGAGCGAGAUCAACACGUACCGCGGCCUGCUGGAGGGCGAGGACUGCAAGCUCCCUGGCAACCCGUGUGCCCCAGACCACUCGCCCCCCAAGUCGUGCCUCCCCUGUCUUCCUGCGGCCCGCACCACCUGUGGGCCUCGCCCCAUCUGUGUGCCCUGCCCCGGCGGCCGGUACUGA